CUUGCCUCUCUCCGUCUUUCUUUCUCUCGUCCUCUGUCCGUCUUUUCUCUUUGCGCCGCGCGGCGCGAGAUAUCCUUUGUUCGAUAAAUCAACGUCGAUUUCAUCCCUACGUGAGCAUCAAUUACAAGACUCUUCUCGAGAGACAUUAAUUUAUUAUCGGGGAGAAACGUAAUCUCACGGGCGAUUGAUACACUCGUCGCUGCUCCGGCGGAGUAACCGCAAAAACAAUCGCCGGCUCUCUUUUCGCUAAUAAACCAAAAAAGGGAGGAGCGUGCGCGUUCAAGCAGCUUUUGGCAGCAAUACGAAGAUCGAUGCGCAGCGAUCGAGACGAGCAGAUCCUCGUGUGAUCCUCGUGUGAUUCUCGUGAUCGGGAACCUGACUUAGAGAAGCCUUGGUGUGACCAUGCACAUUGGACAUCGGACGCAGCCGUUCUUGGGAAAAUUGUAGUCCGCCGCGCGUCCGGCGAUUCGCGACGCGAAAAGUGCAGAUCUCGCGCGAUCUCGAGGUUGAUCUCAAUCCUAGUCUCCUUGGCUAAUCUCUCGGCGUCAUGAUCGAGGAAGCCACCACGUUCGAUAUGAUGGACGAACUGCUGUUCUCCACUCUGGGCCUAACGAUGGACACCGGUGUCGAGAGACAGCUACUCUCUCCGACCAAGAUGAAUCUGCCGUACGAUUACGAGAUGUCGUGCGGGACUCCGCUCAGUGACGACUUCGGGAUAAUCGACAGCCGGUCGAGCGUCGCGAUAAAUCCGAUGGAUUGCUACACCGACUUGACUUACUCGACGAAAUCGUCGUGGAACGACUGGUCAUCUACCAAUACGCCCACAUCGUCAGGUUGUCUGAGCGAAUUGAGCGAGCUGGACUCGGAGCUGGACUGGUGUCUGGAGAAGAGCUGGAACUCCGGCCUGCCGGAAAGGACGCCGCUGUGCACCGCGGGGUGCGAGGGGUUCCUGCAUCUGCCGCUACCGAAUCCGCAGCAGACGCCGCCGCAGUACGAGGAGCCGUUGCUGGUGCUCGGGAUCGACUUGUGUGCACUGGACGACACGCUGGGGAACGCAAACGCGAUAGAUUACAACAACAACCAGUUGGACGACAGCCUCCUAAUCUCGUCAGCAGCUAACGCCGCUUUGGCGACGCACGACUACACCAAUCGCAGCUUGGCGACCGCGGCCGAGGACCGAUGCUUCCCGUGUACUUACCAAGGGUGUGUGAAGGUCUACGCCAAGGCGUCCCACUUGAAAGCUCACUUGCGCCGACACACCGGCGAGAAGCCGUUCGCGUGCACUUGGUCCGGCUGCGGAUGGCGUUUCAGCCGAUCGGACGAGCUGGCCAGGCACCGACGGUCGCACUCGGGCGUCAAGCCGUACCAGUGCGAGAUGUGCUCGAAGAAAUUCGCGCGUAGCGACCACCUGGCGAAGCAUCGCAAGGUGCACCGGAAGAACGCAUACCCGUUGUUCCACGGGGCGAGAGGACUGCGCGCCGGCAAGGUGAACGUCCUACCAACGGAGACAUAGGGCGAACGUGGAUCGAAAUCGAUCGCCACCGGCGAUGCGGCCGGGGCGAACGUGUCGACGACAUACCUUCUAUAUAGAGUAUAAGGAUUGACGAAUAAAGUACUUAAAGUACGUAAAAGCUAGCCGACGUAGGGAUAACUCAGAACGAGUGACGCGAACCGGUUGUUCUCAACGCUCGCGGCGACUGCAGCCGUUGGAAGAGCGCAAGUCCGCUCUUUUGCCGCCACUCGUGAGAAAGUUCAUUUGUGUUUGAAUAAGAUAUAAGCGAGAGGAGAAAAGAGCUCGUCUCUGUCUAUCGCUAAAUGCUUGAAACACUCGCUGCGUCCUGUGUUUCAAAAAGUGUAUCUCGCACCAAACAUUAAGAACCACCGUGUGCAAAUUGUUCGAUAAAACGAUACUGCGUCCAGUUGCUACGGCGAUCGAAGGAUUUACCAAGUAGAUUUCUAAGAUAAACGUGGGUAUAUCGCGCCACGAUUCUUCUUCGAUUGUGGAGAAGUCUGAUCGGCGCGACCAACUAAAGAUUAUACUCGAUCCAAAGAGAGAUUACCUUCAACCUAGUAUUAGUGCGAUCAGUCCUUCUUAGCGGCAGUUAAAAAAAGCUACUUCGAUAAGGAAUUUUUACCAGCGUUACAUAGAGUAACAAUAAAAACUUAUGAGCGAAAGAUCA